AGGCCUAGCAAUCAUGGCGGACGAACUGCCUCCCUACAUGAAGCCUCUCUUCAUGUCAGGUGGCUCUCAGAAGAUAUUCGACUGUGUCUGCGACGAACAGGUAACAGAGGAGAAUCCCCAUAUUCUUAUAUCAAAAGCCAAAAUCAUGGAGGAUUUCAAGAUGAGAGCUGCCGUCUGUGAUUUCCAUCCCAUCAAGAAACAGAUAACAAGCUACCCCGGAGAGGAGAUCCUCAUUGUGUACGACCCUGACUACAAGUACGGUGAGAACUUCUACGUGUGUUUGACUGAGGCUGGCAAGGCUGAGUACCUUGAUUCUUUGAAGAAGGAAGAAGAGGAGGCCGAGGAAGAGGCAACAGCUGAAGCUGAAGCUGAGUCUGAGGAAUAUGACGAGAUCGCUCUCGAGGACAUAAUCUUGAAAGACCUACCCUCGACCCCUGCUACUUGGCAAGAACAGGGCAGUGAGGAAGAUCUAGAGGAGGAGAUUCUCACUACUUCCCGAUCUCUUAUAACCUUCAUGAUCCAGCGCAAACGCAAAAUGUUUGGCACCCCCACUCAGUUUGAAGAUAGGAAUGUGGACGCAGCAAAGGAUGCUUAUAUCGAGUGCACAUCAUUUGAAGAUAACACUUUUGAUCUGCACCGACAGGAGCAUGAUUUUGCGGUUCAGAACGUGAUGGAAUCUUGCGAGAAAGCUUGCCAGACAGAGUGGAAGAAACCACGUACAGCCCUGUCUCAGUACGUGCCACGUACCCUCCCUCCAGCACAGCUGGAGAAGAUCAACAAGUCGGAGGACCUGGCUAAGUUUGUUGAGAGUGUGUGCCCGAGGUUCAAGUUGGCGCUCCAGCAAAAUGAAAUUAUGGACGUCUUCGCAGAUGAUUACAACGACUUGAUUGAUGUUGACGGUGUGUUCGGAAACAAAGCAGAUAACAAUCUCAAAGAAUACCAAUCCUUUACCGAUCUGGAGUUCAGUAAAAACAAGUCCAUUGCGCAGAUUGACUGGCACCCGUCAAUAAAAGGAAUUGUGGCUGUCGCGUACACAGAGAAACUCAAAUACGACGACCGUGUAGAUCUUUCUAGUAGGAUACUGAUGACACCUUCUUUGAUCCUUAUCUGGGGGUUCUCCGAUCCUAUUCAUCCUCAGUUGGUUUUAGAAGCUCCAGAAGAUAUCUAUACCUUUAAAUUCAAUCCAACUGAUCCUAACAUUGUAGCUGCUGGUUGUAUCAAUGGACAGGUAGUGAUGUGGGAUAUAAGUCAGUACGAUGCACGACUGCGCAACCACAAGAACACAGGUGCACGUGCAAACAAGACGCGCAGCGACUUGUUCGACGUGGAAUACCAGCGCUCUCCAGUGGUCCACUAUGCGGCAGUGUCCUCUAUUGAAGGGAGUCACAAGAUGGCAGUUAUGGAUCUGAUGUGGCUACCUGAUACUAUUGAGGUUGCUAGGAUGGGAGUUCCUGUUGAAAACAAGGCUCAGGCGUCGUGCCAGCUAGUAACGGUAGGUAUAGACGGUAACGUAAUGUUCUGGGACAUCAGACUGCAGAAACCAGCCGGCACAGGUGGGCUGGGUGGCCUCGGUUCAACCACUAAGAAGGAGCGUGAGACUGCCAAGGAGAAAUUCAGUUCCAUACCCUCAACCUUCUCUCAUCUGGAUCUCCAAUGGAAGCCGAUAAACGUAGUACCGCUAUCCAAACUUACUGGACCAGGGCUGCACCCAGGAGUAACACUGUCCAUCUCACAACAACUCCUGAUCGUCAAGUCUAAGAUGCAGAGUUUAGUGUCCGGUAACCCCCCUCUCAUCCAUAGGACCAACUCCUCCGUCAGUAGGCAGAGACCUGUUGAGGCUGAAGGAGUGAACACAAAGUUCUUUGCGGGUACGGAGGACGGAUAUCUGAUUUACACGGACUGGAAGGCAGAAAAAGAUCCAGAAAGUGGUAAACUGGUCAGUUCUAAGCCGGUUUAUGCUAUCUCCACCCACGCCGGUCCUGUUCACUGUUUGCUGAGAUCACCUUUCUAUAACCACAUAUUCAUGAGCGUUGGAGGAUGGAGUUGGAGUAUAUGGAAAGAGGGAGAAUCAGAGAUUCUUCAGACUUCGAGAUCAAAUGUCAAGUACACUGCUGCUUCUUGGAGUUUGACAAGACCUGGGGUGUUCUACAUUGGUAAGGAAGAUGGUAAUAUUGAUGUGUGGGACCUUAUGGAUAGGUCCCAUGAACCCAGCAUGAGUCAGAACAUCUCCUCUUCUGCUGUAACUUCUCUUGUUCCUUAUAGAGUAUCCUCAAAACAGGUGUUGCUUGGUGUUGGUGAUAACUUUGGAACCCUCCACAUUCUUGAAGUGCCAUGGAGUUUGAGACAAGCCUCGCCCAACGAGCUGCACGCCAUGUCUUCUUACUUCGAUAGGGAAUGUUCUAGAAUAGAUUACUACAAGGAGCGAGACAUGAACCGUGGUACAGCAGUUGUGGACAGUGCACCACAAAUACCCACCGCUCUGGAAACGGCCGAGGAAGAGGAGGAGAGGCUUAAGAAAUCGUUUAAUAACUAUCUGAAUAUGGAGAAAGAGUUCCUGGUCAAGUUGGGACUCCGCAAGGAAGAUGACCCAGUCCAGCUUCUUACUUAAUUUUUUGAAUUCCUGUGACGUCACAAGAAAAAGUGUGACGUUACAAGUGGACUGACAAUUUAAAUGAUAUUCAGAUAGUCGUAAUUUAUUGUAAAAAGUGUUUAUAUAAGUUAAUAUUCAUCCACAAAUGUAAGCUAAUUUAUAAUCCCCUGUAUUAUAUUACUCACUCAUAACCCAUGUCUCAUGAAAUUCAGAAACCUGUCAGAAUUUACUUUUUCAGAUUGUAAAAUUGUGUAAAUAUUGUUUGUUAAA